AUACAUGUCAAAUUUCAUGAAAAUCUAUUACCGCGUUUUGCCAUAAAUGCGCAUCAUAUAAACAUAUAAACAUUAUUAAACAUUAAGAGAAAUGCCAAAACAUCGACUUGAAUCUUAAGCCUCAACACCGAUCCCUGAUGAACAUCAGAAGUCAUUCUUCACUUGAAGAACACUCUUCGGAACACUGAUUUACAGCUGCACUUAAUUCGAGCAAUUUCAAAAUCUUCCAAUAAACAAGAUUCAGUGUGAAACAUACCGCAUUAUUACAAGGAUGUUCAUUUUUCUUAAAAAGGUAUUACAAAAAUGUCAAUUUGUUAGAAUGAAUAUGGAAAAUUAAGUAUAUAUAAAUACAAAUAUUCUUGAUGACAAUUUUUACUGAGCUCCCAGACACUAUAAAAUCAUCACAGAUAAGCUACUCUACUGCUCCCAUCAGUUUUAUGAUAUUGCAGCUUGGAAAGAAAACAGCAUCAGCAACUAAACUCUUCAACUAACCUGUAACCUGCUGGAUGAAUUGCAUUAUUUACAAGUCAAUUUUUGGAAAGUAAUCUUUAUUUAUAUCAUUUUUCAAUUAUAACUUUAUUCCUUGAAGAUGUCCAGAGGUAGCAGUGCUGGUUUUGAUCGGCAUAUAACCAUUUUUUCUCCGGAAGGAAGAUUAUAUCAAGUCGAAUAUGCUUUCAAAGCCAUAAAUCAAGGCGGAUUGACAAGUAUUGGCUUGAAAGGCAAGGACUGUGCCGUUGUUGCUACCCAGAAGAAAAUUCCUGACAAGCUGAUUGAUCCUACAACAAUUACCCAUCUCUACAAAUUGACAGAUUCGAUUGGAUGUGUUAUGACUGGAAUGAUAGCUGAUAGCAAGUUCCAGGUACAGCGCGCUCGUUACGAGGCGGCAAACUUCAAAUACAAGAACGGAUACAGCAUGCCAAUCGAUUGUCUGUGCCAGCGCAUAGCUGACCUUUCUCAGGUCUACACUCAGAAUGCUGAAAUGAGACCUCUUGGCUGCAGUAUGAUUCUGAUAGGCUACGACAAGCAGAAGGGAGGGCCACAGGUGUACAAGGCCGACCCGGCCGGCUACUUCUGCUCGUAUCGCGCCAUCAGCGUCGGCGUCAAGCAGACCGAGGCCAACGGAUACCUCGAAAAGAAACUGAAAAAGAAGCAAGAAUACUCGCUCGAUGAAGCAAUCCAGCUGGCGAUAUCCUGCUUGUCAUCGGUGCUGUCUGUCGACUUCAGACCCUCCGAAAUCGAAGUUGGAAUCGUCUCCGAAAGCGAACCAGCAUUCAAAAUUCUCAAUGAAACCGAGCUUGAUCGUCAUCUUACUGCUAUUGCCGAAAAAGAUUGAGCAAUCGUUAAUUUUUGCUGCUAAUUACUACUCGUAUUUGCAAUGGUAUUUUUAUAAUCAUUAAAUCAUUCUAACAAUUAAAACUCAACAAUUUUUCAUUU